AUGCAGUGGUUCUGCUGGCAUGUGGCGGCGAAGAUGAGCUUGGGAUUUCUGUGUCUCUUUCUGGUUUUCAACACAGCUUCAUGCAUAAGAAGAGAAAAUAAGAAAGAGAAGCAAGUGGCAGUGCUGGCUACUGCAGAGCUGCCUGCAAAGUCCGUGGAUCUGGCUGCUAUUAACCUGACAGAGCUGGUGAAUGGUAUGCUGCACACAGCGCUCAGAGGUACCAAAAAACUCUUCUCUUUGCUGAGCGUCACGUCUUACAGCUCAUUUGCCUUCCACAAAGUGUCAGUCACCAUCUACAACAUUUCUAACGUGAAAAAUGUUGACCCUGGCAAGUUCCCUGUGCAUUACUGCUACUGUUUGAACAAUGUGACAAACGACUUGACAGAUUUUACAGCUUUACUUGUUGAUAUUAUUGGAAACUCCACCAGUUAUCUCACAGAAAUUUUCAAAUCCACUUCUAUUCUCUCAGUGCGUCAGAGCAAUGAUUCAGAUUGUAUCUACAUCUGUGUGAUGACAGGGCAGACAGGGAGAAAUCUGUCUGACUUUUGGGAUAUGCUGGAGAAGUCUCCUGUUAUUAAUUACACAUUUUCCAGUAAUACAUCUUCUGAUGUUGCUGACAAGUAUGCCUUUUGGAUGCAGACGGUGUCUCCUCAAGAAACCAGCAAACUGAUGCCAACGGAGCCAGAUUUGCCUUCCUCAGUACUGUCAAUGCCAGCCUACAGACCUGGUGUGACACUCAAACUUUACUCAGCUACCAGGUGUCCACAGGUGAUCCUAAAAGAGUCCCGUGUGACCUCGCCUCCUGUCGCCCUUAUCGCACAAAAGAUCAAUCCUUGUGUGAUGGAGCUGUGCAGGUUUUUUCAACUGUGUCUCUGUGUUGGUCAAAGAAGAUAUUCCAGAAAGGAAGCCAUGAGGUACUGUGUUGAAUACUAUUCCUGGUUCUUGAAAAAUGCAAGUUAUAUCUGUGAAAGAGUCAAAAGAGUUGCUUAUUCCCACACAUUAAAACAAAAAUGCCUUAAAAACAUCUGUACAGCGGUCUAG